UUCAGUUUUACAUACAUUCGUUUAUUUAAUUAUUAAAAGAUUUUUAGCUGAAGUUUUAAUCAAACAAACAAUAAUGCAAGGAUUAGGAGGGAAACAGAGCCCAAAUGGGUCGAAUGUUAUUUAUUACCAAAACUCAGUUAUGAAUCGAGCUGACCUUACAACAAAAAUUAAAAGUUUUAAUUGUUCACCUAAUGCCAAAGAAUUUUUCCCAACCACAAAAACUGUGCCUUUAUCUGCUGACGAUCUUAAAAAAAAACUUCUUCCAUACCUCGAUGAAUUACGUUAUGACCCCGGAAUGUUGGAUAAACGUUGCUUAGCGAUAUGUACCUUUCUUAGUUGUCAAAAUUUAGGAAGUGAACUCCUGAAUAAUACUGUCAAAAUAAUAAUUGCACAUUGUGAAGAUUCCAACUUUAGAUACUCAGGAGUUAGAUUGCUAAAUUUUUUGAUCCACAACUUAUCCCUUACACAGAGCGAGAUGUUCAGCAAUGCCAUCUUUGACCUGGUCGAAGCAAAAUACAAGGAAAUAUCGAAUAUGAAUGUCGCAACUCAAUCCGAUCGCAUUAUUAAUUUUGCUUUCCUUCUGGCUGACCUCUUUUGUCAAAUUGAUUUAAGAAAUUACUCAACGCCUUAUAGAGACGUGUCCCCGAUGGAAGAAACAAAAUUUUCUGGCUUUUAUAUCGCUCUGUUGGACAUCUGCGGUCUUUUAUUGACAUCACCUUGUCUUUUAGACAACGUAAGGUGCCUUUUCAAGGUUUUAAAGAUUAGCGGCUACGAAUUGGAAUGCUUCGAGAAAAGGAAAAACAAACUCAAAUUACUCACCAAUUCCUCUCAGACCCACUAUUUCAGUUCUCCGCUAGAUGGCCUAUUCAACACUAUAAAAGACAGGCUUUUAUCUAACGAAUUGGAUAGAAAUCUCAAAGAAUACCUGCUGCACAUAUACCUCCUGAAGAACCGGAAGUGGGACAUAAUGGAAAAUUUUUUGGAGAUCAAGAACCCUUCCUGCUUGAAUCCUACCGGAAAAACUGCCGAUACGGAUUACAACGUGUACGAUGCCAAUAACGAUAACACAUCCUACAUUUCUAAACCUAAAAAUAUGACCAGGGAAGAUAAAGAACUCUCCGAUUUGGCUCAAGGAAGGGUACUGGACGAGCGCGAAAUAAUUAUGGAAGAUGAGGCCAUCUUUUUGAGGGAACAGAAUCUUGACGUUCUCAGCGAGGAGGAAAGCGGAGAGGAAAACGAUCGAAAAUUUGACGAUAAUCGGUACCACCGCGGUAACCGCGAACAUCAACGGGGCUCUCACGAUAACUCGGAGAUGGGAAACGACAGCCACGAUUCGGAGAUCGAGAACGACAGCUUGAAUAUCAGACCAUCUUCAAUCAAUGGUGACAGAUACAAUUCGAAAACAAAUAUGACAUUUGACUACCGUCGCAAAGGGGACGAUGAAGGAGAGGACGAGUUUUACACUCCAGAUCGCUUAUCUACCAAGUACACCACUCCUACUGGCAUGUUCAACCCAAGUGAAUCCGAAAAUCUCAUCCCUCUUCACACCCUAAAUUCGGAAGAGAACAAGGAUUACGAUAGAUUCCAAGCCGAUAUCAAGAACACUAGGCCAGAUGGCGAUAAAUAAUAUUAUAUAUUAUUAUUUUUUUGAUACUUUCUCAAAUACAAAAUGAAUGCACCAUUUUAAUUCUUCUUAUCCCUGACUUAGUAUUAAAUUUAAUUAUUAUAUUGUUCUAUCUUUUAAACGUAGUCCUUAUUUAGUAAUAUUGUAAAUACAUUUUUUUAAAUUAUCUAAUCUAUUUCCAAUAAUAUUUGAUGUUUCGAUAAAAUAACAAAAUAAAAAAUAGCAAAUAUACAUUAUAUUACUAUUAUUAUUACUCCAUAAUUUUAAUUAUUUUUAAAAUCUACGUAAUAUUUUGAUUAUCUAUAAAAGUUGUAUUUUUUUCCCCUUUACUUUUGUGUAUCAAGAUUUCUUAUAAGAGAGCAUAAUUAAAAUGUUUAAUAAUAAAUUCUUUUAUUUAUAUAAAAAAAAAUAAAUGGUAAAUUAAACUUUCGACUCGAAUAUUAUUUAUUAU